UUUAUUUCAAUUGAUUUAUCAGGAAAGCAGUGAAAAAUAUCUACAAUCUUCUGAAACUAAAUGGACACUGCCUGCUCGUUUUAUUAGUUAAAAAUCCAAUUUACAACAUAUACACGGAACUGUCGAAAACCAAAUGGAAAUAUCUGAUGUCAGACAUGGACGAUCUCUUGACCGAUUUCCAUAGUCGGGGGAAUGCAGCCGCAGCCAUGGUUGAAAUGUUAACCGUCGCAGGAUUCAAAGACCAUGAAGUCAGAAUCAUACCGGGAAAAAUGGAGUUUACAGGUUACAAUGAAAUUAAAGCUAACGUAACUGUGAUCAACCCAGUUUGGCUGAAGAUGAACGCAGAAGAACAAAAUGAAUAUUUGAAGGAUUACUUAGACAUUGCUGCUGGAAUGGGAAUCUAUAAGGAAGCGGAUGAUCAAAGUGAAAGUACGUUUAGUUUUUCAUACCAACUUCUAAAUGUCCAUGCAGCGAAGUAGUGCGUAAUGAAUAUAUGUAGAUAAAUAAUAAAAAUUAACUUCCCAAAAACAAAUAUCGCUUGCUCAUAAAAUAAUAUCAAUACUUAAAGCCUCUAUUAUAAAUAAAAAAUAAAUAAGCUGCACAUGCUCCACUGUA